GGGGCUCUGUAGGCGGCCUCAGAGGGGUGUCCAGAGUUUGGUAGUGAAGGCCAGAGGGCAGAGACAGACACAGCAAAGACACAGGGAGAAAGAAAGAGAAGGACCCCAGAAGUGACAAGGACCCCAACAUUCACUCCUAUAGCCACAGCAGCAGCAGGAACCAGCCCUGGGAGAAGCUCUGCUGCCUGUCUGUCCCCAUGGGCCACCUUGGGCCAUGGCUGCACAUGUCUCUCCUCUGGGCUGCUGUGGUCAGCCUCCUCCUCCCCCAAGCCAUGACCCAGCAGCUGAGAGGGGCUGCGCCGGGCCCCAGCAACUGGAACAACAAUGCAGGAGUCUCGGAGCCUUCAGAGGACGUGUCAGGUGAGUUUGGUCAUGCCACGCACAGCCACAGAGGCCAUAGAGAUGAGAAUAAGGAUGUUCCCACAGAGAAUGGACAUCAUUUCUGGGGCCACGGAGACCAUGGAGAGGAGGAUGAAGAUGUAUCCAGAGAAUACCAUCACCAAGUCCAAGGCCACAGGUACCAAGGCCACGAGGUGGGAGAUGAGAAUGUCUCUGAUGAGGAGCAAUUCACAGAGCAGAUUCAGCAGGCCCAUGGGCACAAAGGCCCUGUGAAUGAAGACAUGGAUGAUUCAGCUGAGCACAGGCACCACUUCCCCAGCCACAGGAGCCACAGCCAUCAAGACGAAGAUGAGGACGAAGCUGUGUCUAGUGAGCAUCACCAUCAUAUCACCAGGCGUGUAUACCAAGGCCAUGGAGAAGAGGAGGAUGAAGAAGAUGAGGAGGAGGAGGGAGGCGUCUCCACUGAUUACCGACAUCAGGCCCAUAGGCACCGAGACCAUGGGAAGGAAGUGGAUGAGGAUGUCUCAGGUGAGCACCACCAUCAUGGCCCCAGCCACAGACACCAAGGCCAUGAAAAAGAAGAAGAAGAUGAUGUCAUCUCCACUGAGCACAGACAUCAAGUCCACAGGUACCAAGACUAUCAGAAAGAAGAGGAUGGGGAUGUCUCAGCUGACUACCACCACCAUGGCCCCAGCCACAGACACCAAGGCCACAAAGAAGAAGAAGAAGAAGAAGGAGAAGAAGAAGAAGGAGAAGAAGAAGAAGAAGAAGAAGAAGAAGAAGAAGAAGAAGAAGAAGAAGAAGAAGAAGAAGAAGAAGAAGAAGAAGAAGAAGAAGAAGAAGAAGAAGAAGAAGGAGAAGGAGAAGGAGAAGGAGAAGGAGAAGGAGAAGGAGAAGGAGAAGGAGAAGGGGAAGGAGAAGGAGAUGAUGAUGAUGAUGAUGAUGAUGAUGUCAUCUCCACUGAGCACAGACACCAAGUCCACAGGCACAGAGGCCAUAGGAAGGAAGAGGAUGAGGAUGUCUCAGAUGACCACCAUCAUAUCUCUAGCCACAGACACCAAGGCCACAGAGACAAGGAAGAUGAGGAUGAGGUUGUGUCCACUGAACACUGGCACCAGGUUCCCAGACAUAUUCACCAUGGCCUUGGAGAUGAGGAAGAGGAGGAAGAGGAGGAGGUCACAGUAAAGUUCAGCCACCAUGUUGCAAGCCACCAACUCCAAGGCCACAAGAGCACUGAGGAGGAGGACUUCCCAGGUGAGUAUAAAAGAGCAGCCGCUGACCAUCACUACCACGGAGUCUCCACGGAGGAAGAUGAAGACAUCUCUGCCAAGCUUGGCCACCAGGAUCCCAGUCACAGGCAGCAAGGCCAUAGCGAUGAAGGGACUGUCCACAGAGGAUCCAUCAAAGAGGAGAUUAGCCACCAGCCCCCAGAACACAUAGGGGUCAAGGAUAGAAGCCAUUUAAGGGAGAGUGAUUCUGAGGAGGAAGAGGACCACAGCUCCCAUGAAGGAGAUGAUGAAGGUUCAGAGGAGGGAGAAGAAAGCACCCACCAUGGCAGACUGGACCAGGAGGAUGAGGAAGAUGAGGAGGAAGGUCAUGGCCUCAGCCUGAGCCAGGAGGAGGAAGAAGAGGAUGAAGAAGAGGCGGAAGAAAGGAGGAAAGAGAGGGCUGAGGUUUGGGUCCCACUGAGCCAAGACCACCAGGAGGAAGAAGAUGAGGAGGAAGGGCUGGAGGAAGACAAGCUUCCCUUCACCAUCAUCCCCAACCCACUGGCCAGAAGGGAGGUGGCUGGAAGUGCUUCCAGUGAGGAGGAGAGUGGUGAGGACAUGGAUCCGCAGGAUGCCCAGGAGUACAGGAACUACCAGCCAGGGUCCCUGUGUGGCUACUGCUCCUUCUGCAAUCGAUGCACUGAAUGUGAGAACUGUCACUGUGACGAGGAGAACAUGGGAGAGCACUGCGACCAGUGCCAGCACUGCCAGUUCUGCUACCUCUGCCCGCUAGUCUGCGAAACUGUCUGCACUCCAGGAAGCUACGUCGACUAUUUCUCCUCGUCCCUGUACCAAGCCCUGGCAGACAUGCUGGAAACUCCGGAACCCUGACCCAGGCUCGUGGCUGCAGCGCAGACACAUCUCCCUGGUCUCCCAACCCCUUUCCACGAGCCCUAUUUAUUUCUCUGAAUAAAUGUGCUCCCCGAAACCUCAUUGUCUGGGGGGGAUCUGGAUUCUCUGGGCACUGGGGAACACAGGUGGGGACUGGGGACUUGAACUCCUGGAUCUGAGAGAGGUGGGGCUUGAGACUCCUGGGUCCUCGAGGUGGUUGGUUUGCUUUCCUUAGGUUCUGUUAAAUAAAUCAAUCAACACGGA